UUAAAAAGUGUCUCCCCAGCCCCCCCAUCCAGCCUUUCACAGGAGACUCGGGGCCUUGGGAAGUGCAUUUGGGCUGGGCUGCUUGCGACUCCUAACCAGCUGGUGGGUCUGAGCCAGGAUAGUGAAAAUGUUCAUUGACAUCCACCGCUUCCCAACAAAUACAUUUACAAUAGAACCAAAAUAAACAGGCUGCCUGCCUCGUUCCAGGGUGGGAAGUUAGGGGCUGAAGUGAUUAUAUAGGGGAAAGAGAAAGAGAGGACGAGAUAGAUUGGAUUUUUUUUUUUUAGUAAAGGAAAAAGGGCAGGAUUUUGUUUGUUUGGGGGUUGUCUGGGUGGGUGUUCUGUUGUCUUGGGUGGUUUGUAUUUUUUUUUGUGGUUUCCUUUUUUAAAAAAAAAUCUGAAUUAAAAAGGGUAACAACUGAACUCGUGGGAGGACUGAACACAGCAUCAGCAUCGCAGGAGGAGCAGAUGGAUUCAGCAGCCAACAGCUGUAUGAGGGGCCCUCAUUCUCCAGCCCCACUGUGGGGCUGCCUGCGGAGCCCCCAUUCUGAGGUCGGCGGGCCCAUGGCACUGCCCCACUACCCUCCCGCUCCAUUCUCCUUCCACCAGAAACCAGACUUCCCGACGUACCCUGACUUCUCUGCCUCGUGCCUGGCCACUGCUCCCCAUAGCCUGCCCCGAGAGGAGAGGCUCCUUGCUGACCAGCACCCUGCCUUUCCACAGCCCCCUGACUGGCACUUUCCUGGCUCUGAAUCCCGGAGAAGACUCACCCCAGGCCCAACUUUGAGUUCUGGGGAGGUGGGUGAAAGCAGCCCUGGCCUCAUGGAUGCUGUAGGGAGCCUGGGGGAGGACUAUGGGGUCGCUGGGACCAUUGCCAAUGAAACUGAGAAAAAGUCAGCGAAAAGAAAAAAGGAGAACUCAGAAAACCAAGACAGCAGAGGGAAACCAGAAACCAGCAGCAAAGCCCGCAAGGAACGAACCGCCUUCACCAAGGAACAGCUGAGGGAACUGGAGGCAGAAUUUGCCCAUCACAACUACCUGACAAGACUCAGGAGAUAUGAGAUCGCGGUGAACCUGGACCUCACAGAGCGCCAGGUCAAAGUGUGGUUCCAAAACCGGAGGAUGAAAUGGAAGCGUGUCAAAGGGGGGCAGCCUGUUUCACCCCAGGAGCAAGACACCGAUGAUGUAGACUCUGCAGCCUCCCUAAGUUCAGAGUGAGAUACUCAACGAAGAAAGAAAUUGGACUGGAAGCUGUGACUCCAGACAACUCUUCCCCCUACCUGCCCCACUCUACAGACUAUAUCCCCGAUACUCUGAAGGAUAUUCCCCCCAAAGUCUUCCCCCAAAGUCUUCCCCUCUGUGUGCCUCUUGGGAGGGAGACUUAAACAGUUUAGUUCUACUGGAACCCUGAGAGUCCAGAGAAAAAACAUUCUGUUUGAUCUAACUCAUUGACCCCGUCUACUUUUUAAAAAACUUAAUGCCUCUCUCAGUUCUCAUCCUCCACCCAACCACAAACCCAUUGAGGGCCCAUAUAUCUCUGCCCACCAGUAUCUCUGCCAAGAAAACCUCGAAUCGGGUCAUGAAGAGUUUACUAAGAAAUUACUAAGGAGGCAGCUAUGAAAAUCAGAGACUUGAAGCCAACUUGAGAAAGGCUUCUUCUCUUCAUCCAAAGUGGCCCUUCCAGGGGCUUCGUGAUUGAUCCCCUCUCAGAUCUCCAGUCUCUCCCACUGCCUUACGCAGACCCAUUGUGGAAACAGAGCUCAUUUGAGCUCUGAGCUUCAUAUGAGAGAUUUCUUCUCCAUCCAGUGAUACAUAUGAUGAACCUGUUGACAACGCUCUGGAAUGAGAACAAACACAGAGAAAAGACAUCUAUUUCCCAGUCCUCAUCCCAAUGAAUCUGCUGUUUGGAUUAUAAGACUUUAGGAUUCUGGGACAAUUAGGUGACUCAGUGGAUAGAGAACCAAGCUUGGAGAUUGAAGGUCCUAGGUUCAAAUGUGGCCUCAGAUAGUCCAUAGCUAAGAGACCUUGGGCAAGUCACUGAAUCCUCAUUACGAAGUCCUGACUGCUCUUCUUCCUUGGAGCCAAUACUCAGUGUUGAUUCUAGACAAAAAAACCAAGGGUUAAAAAAAAAAAAGACUUUAGGAUCCCUCCCCCCUUCUGAUACUUUUAAAUCCUCCAGAAAAAUCGAUCUAAAAGAGGGUGUCAUGGACAAAAGUUCGAAUGCCUUUCCUGGUCAGAAAGAUCAGGAGAGCCCAUUUCACCAUGAAUUUCGGCUUUCCCUUUAACUUGAUAAAAUUUGCUUCACAAAUGUCAGGCCAUGUAUCUCAUGGACCCAUUUCCUUGCUAGAAAGCUUUGGCAAUAUAUUAGGAAAAGGUCAAAUUAUCUUUAGGAAUACUAGAGUUAGGGCAGCUAGGUGACUUAGUGGAUAGAGAGCCAGGCCUGGAGAAAGGAGGACUUGGGUUUAAAUCUGGCCUCAGAUACUUGCUAGCUAUGUGACUGUGGGCAAGUCACUUAACCCCCACUGCCUAGCCCUUGCUACUCUUCUGUCUUAGAAUUAAUACUAUGGUAGAAAGUAAGGAUUGUUUAAAAAGGGGGAACAGGGGUGGAUCUUAGAGUUGGGUCCCAUGAGACUUGGUACAACCAAUUAGGCCCAUUUAUAUUUAAUUUAACUGCCUCUAAUUCUGUUGAAGAAGAAGAAGAAGAAGAAGAAGAAAAGAGAAGGGAGAGAGAGGCCCCCAUAAGAACCGCAUGUCUCUACAGAUUGAUGGCUUCUGGACCUCUUCCAUACUUUACUCAGGCAACAAUGAGCCCAAAGCUUUGUGGGACAGGGGUGGGGGUGGGGGGGUGGACUGGCUCUGGGGACAAAGGAUCUGAGUUCAAAUGUCACCUCUAAUACUUAUCAUUUGUACCAAGUCACUUCACUUCUAUCUAUGGUCCUCAGUUUCUCUAUCUAUAAAAUCAGAGGAUUGAACUAGGUGGUCUCUGAGGUCUCUUUGAGCUCCAGGUCUGUGAUGUAGAGAUUUAGUCAAUUUAUAACAAAUAUCUAAAACUGCUAAUGGCUUAGACUGGGAGUUAAGACUUCAGAAUUGUAAAGAGGACCCCAAUAUAAGGAAAAUCAGUAGAAGGGCUGAGUGGCCUAUGAAAAAGGGAAGCUUUAUAAUGUCAGUAUUCCAUGUCACAAUAGAGCUCCAGCACUAGAGAUUCCAAAUGAAAUGAUCCCUUCUUGUGCUGAGGGAUUGAUCUUCACGUUUUUUAAUUCAGUAUUUUUUUGUUUAAUAUCUACUAUGUACAAACUAGGUGGUACAAUGGAUAAAGCACCAAGCCUGUUCAGUUAGGAAGCUCAUCUUCCUAAAUUCAAAUCUGGUCUUAGACACUUACUAGAUAGAUGUGUGAUCCUGGGCAACUUACUUAACCCUGUUUGCCUCAGUUUCCUCAUCUGUCAAAUGACCUGGAGAUGGAAAUGACAAACCACACCAGUAUCUCUGCCAAGAAAACCCCAUGAAGAAUUGUAAAUGACUAA